AGCAUCGAGCUUACGCCAAAGCAUUGUAAAAAUCGAAUCAAGAUAUUAAGAAAGGACUAUCAUAAGGUGAAAGGCAUGCUUGAAUUAAGCGGGUUUGGAUGGGAUGAUACUCGAAAGUGUGUUACUGCCGAAGCAAAAGUAUGGAAUGCUUACAUCGAGAUGCACCCUGGAAUGAAGGUGUUUCGGAACAUCCCAUUUCCUCAAUAUGAUAAUAUGACAAUAAUUGCCGGGACCGACUAUGCUACUGGUAGCAAAUCAAUGGUGCAUACUGAGUCGAAUGAAUUAUCAGAGAAUCCCACAUACGGGGCAUUUGACUCAAACCCAUUUGAAGCUAACCCCAAUGUGCCUCCAGGGUCUGAUUUCUCUGAUGCAGGUACACAACCUGCAACAUCGCCAAUAAUUGGAAUGACUGGUACUUCACAAGCUGGGUUAUCUUCAUCAAGACCGCAAAAGAAGAAAAAGAAGGCCACAAUUAAUCAUGAAAUGAUGCAAGAGAUGAAGCACGUAGCCUUCUCUAUCGAAGCGACCCGAGCCACAAUGAUAGAGAUGAAAGACAAACUCGAUGACUACAUUAAUAUGCAACACACAGCCCAAAUUGAAAAGAGUAACUUCCGACAAACCAUAAUGCAAUGCCUUAGGGACGUACCAAAUAUAGACGAACCGUAUACAUGGCGAGCAUUAAGGUAUCUCUUAGAGCAUAGAGAGGUAGCACGAUUCUUCAUUGAAUUGCCUGUUGAGCUGAGGUGGGAGUUUCUUGUAAACACUAUUUGAGAUUAGUAUGCUUUUAUUUAGCUUUGUUAGU